AACUAGUCCAAGCUGGCGACGUCACGGGCCCCUAGUCCCCCGCCUGCAGAAAUGUCCUGCCCUGUGGCAGAGAAUUGGUGCUACACACAGGUGAAGGUGGUCAAAUUUUCGUACAUGUGGACCAUCAAUAACUUCAGCUUCUGUCGAGAAGAAAUGGGCGAGGUACUUAAGAGUUCCACCUUCUCAUCUGGUGCUAACGACAAACUCAAAUGGUGUUUGAGAGUGAAUCCCAAGGGUCUGGAUGAGGAAAGCAAAGACUACCUCUCCCUCUAUCUCCUCCUGGUCUCAUGUAAUAAAGCAGAAGUCAGAGCAAAGUUCAAGUUUUCCAUUUUGAACGCCAAGAGAGAAGAAACAAAAGCAAUGGAGAGCCAGCGAGCCUACCGGUUUGUCCAAGGCAAGGACUGGGGCUUCAAGAAGUUCAUCCGACGAGAUUUCCUGAUGGAUGAAGCAAAUGGUCUCCUCCCUGAUGAUAAACUCACAUUAUUUUGUGAGGUAAGCGUGGUUGCAGAAACAGUCAACAUUUCCGGGCAGUCAAGUCAAGCCCAACUUAAAGUCCCCGAGUGCCGGUUAGCAGACGAUCUGAGCUCGCUGUGGGAAAGAACAACAUUCAGCGAUGUCACGUUAUGUGUCACCGGCAAAGAGUUCCUGGCGCACAAAGCCAUCCUUGCAGCACGUUCACCCGUCUUCAACGCCAUGUUUGAGCACGAGAUGGAGGAGAAGAAACACGGCAGAGUAGAAAUCACCGACGUGGAACCAGAAGUCAUGAACGAGAUUUUAAGAUUCAUUUACACAGGGAAGGCGCCCAAUUUAGAGAAGAUGGCUGAUGAAUUAUUAGCUGCAGCAGAUAAGUACGCUCUUGAGAGAUUGAAAGUAAUGUGUGAGGAUGCAUUAUGUUCUAAUCUAGUCAUUGAGAAUGUAGCUGAUGUCUUAGUAUUAGCGGAUCUUCACAGUGCAGAUCAGCUUAAAGCUGUAGCAAUCGACUUCAUCAACAGCAGCCACGCCCCAGAGGUGAUGGAAACAGUAGGAUGGAAGACAAUGGUCCACAGUAAUCCGAACCUCGUAGCAGAUGCCUUCCGUGCCCUCGCAACAUCUCAGAGUCCUCCCUUCAUGGGUCCGCCAAGGAAACGGAUCAAACAGAGCUGAGAUUUCCUUUUUGAUAUAAAAUCAUCUUGUCUCCUUUCUAUUAAAACUAUGUACAUUGUACAGUAAGUAAUGUAUAGAUGCACACUGUGGUCAUGGUGUUCUAAUGACAUUAAUUAUUAUGAUAUAAAUAAUUUCUAGUUUUCACACAAGUUUUGUUUGUUUGUUUGUUUGAUGGUCAGUUUAGACAUGGAGUGUAUAUAUUAUUAUAUAUAUGUCUGGAAAAUGAAAUAUGUACAGGCUUUAGAGCGAGUGGAGUUUGGCGCUGGAAAUCUUGUUUUGUGGCUUUGUAUUUGGACUGGCAAGUUGUAAGGCUGAGAUGUGUCAACGUUAAGUCAAUUUAUGUGUUCUUGUUUUAUACGAUCGCAUGUAUUAAAAUGCUGGUUUUUGACAAAUCUUUCUUGAAAUUAACCUGUGAAACCUGUGCUCAUUUUUGUUCUACAAAGAAAACAAAACACACUUGCCACAAGUGAGAAGUGGCUCAAUAUGGCUGUCAUCUCAUAACAAAGCACUGACAUUUCAAUUUUAAACGGCAAAUAAUCGCUGACUUUAAAGCCUGAACUCUGUGAAUAGUAUAUACCAAAGUUAAGGCUGCAGCAAUAUAAUGUAGUGUAGAUUAUAGGGAACAGCGUACUGACCUUCUGUACAUAUCAGUCAUCUCCUAAUGUAUUUUUAUACCUGUCUUGUGUCUCUCUCCCCAUAGGAGAUGUUUAGAUUUGGCGAUGUAUUUGCAAAGUUCAGGUUGCCGUUAAAGAGUUUGAAUGUGGGGAGUUAAUAUAGAAGUAACGUGCAGAUUUGUUUUAAAGGGGUUCGUUUGAACCUGUAGCCCCAACCACACCCCCUCCCUUUUCAAAAGAGACACACCUCCAUUUGUGCAAUUUAUGCAUAGAUUUGAUUGUUUUUUUCUAGUGGUUUUUGGUUUUGUUUUUACCCCAACAUUCUGAAGGCUUCUUUUUUGUUUGCUGUAUUUCGGGAACCUUUGUGAACCUUCGGAAUAUUUUGAGAACCUAUGUGAAGUUUCCAUAACACAGUGAAGGCACAAUAAACAGGCUGGGGGGGGGGGGGGUAACACCAUGCCAGAUAUUAAGCACUAAAUGAUUUUGGGUUUGGAACCAAAACACAGAUCACAAGUGUAGAAACUUUUUAAAGGUUGAACAAAAUAAGUCUUGGAAAAACAAAUUGUGUCAUAUCUCAGAGAUAUCUUGUUCGAUUCAGUUUGUAUUUGCUCUGGUUUUAUUUCAACCACACCCACAAAAAUAUGAAAUAAUUUCCCACAAAAAAAUUCUAAAUUAUUGAAAACAUUGACGCAACGUUUAAAAGCAUCAUUACGUUUAAUUGAUACCUGUGAAACCUCUUAUUGAUUUCAUCACAGGAACAAAAACAUUGAUGGAAGUCAAAACUGCAAAAUUAGUUACAGGUUGAAUGGCUUUUGACCGGCACCCUGAACAAAGAUAUUAACAAAAUAGGGACUCUGUUAAUAUAAGGGCUAAGUAGCUCAGUUGGUAGAGCGCCGGCACGUUAAUCCGGAGGUCGUUGGUUUAAGUCUCUCUGAAGUCAAUGUUUCUUCGUUCAACCCCAAAUUAUUUAAAUCAAACCCAGUCAGUUUCUCUUAAGGUGUGUUUUUUUAUUAAUAAAAAAACCUUAACUUAUUUACUACAUCACCUGAGUGUUGUAUCAUGUAUGAAACAAUGUUGCAUUCUCGGUUUUUUCUGUUUUUUACAAAUACCUUUUCACCCUUUUUCCACUGAACGCUAAUUUUUUUUUUUAAACAUAGCUGUAGAGUUGUAUUAUAAUGCUGUUCAUGAAGUAACCACAUACAUUGUACAAGUUAAUGUAGUUUUAUUUUCAAAACAGGGUCUCCAAGUUAAAUGUUGUACAUACGAUUUAAAACGCAUUUUGUUUUUGUUGGGUUGUACUGCAUUUGGUGCUAUAGACUAGUGUAAGUCUCACACGUAUAUAAACAUUUUUAGAACCACUUAUUUAACGUUUAAAGGACACAUAGUCGCUAUUUCAAAGGGAGAGUAUAUCAUUGGUCAUAAUUACUCAAAAAGUUAUUGAUUAUAAAACAUUACUUGGUAAGGAGCACUGGAAAUAAAACAUAUUUUAGAAACAGCCCCCUUUGAAGCAAAUGUAGUCAUAGAGAAAGGGGUAAGUUUUGUGAACCGGAAAAAGGCUUCGGGCAUGAGAAAGGCUUCACGCAUGAAACCUUCUCUGCAGCAAGUGUGUGUUCUUGCAACAUCCCGACAAUUGAGUCUAAAUCUUCACAGGUUUGUUAUUUUAUGCAUAAUUAUUUUGGGAUACACCAAGUGAGGAUACUGGUCUGUGAUAAUUAUUACCAGAAGUCUACCCUGCCUUUAGAAGGGUAGACGACAUACAAGUUUGACGACAUACAAGACUUGCACUGUCUAUUGAAACCAACUCCCUCGACCUCUGCCCCCCAAAAAUUUUUGCCUGCGCCAUUUUGGGGGGUUCAGAUUUCCCUUGUGCGCAGUGCGCAUUUUAGGUAAACCUGCUUACACAACAUCUUUGCUUUCUUCGAUAAUUUACUUCUGAAGUUCUCAGAAGUUGGGCCCUGCUCACCAACAAAGAAGAGGUCAAAAAACAUUACAGACCUUAUGUAUUUUGAAAUGAAGGUUACUAAUUGUCCAUUCUGUAACCCGCAGUCUUACAUUUAUGUGCAUUUCCAUUGCUUGUUUGCCUCAUUAAUGUAUUUCUAAGAUGGAUGAAGCUUCAGGGUAAGAUUUACACUUAAUGUGGAAGCAAAUACGAUGCGAAUGUCGUUGGCGCCAACAAAAAGUCUACUUAAAACAUUAUUCUUAUUAAGCUUCUAAAACUUUAAGAUGUGCUCUCAUUGCCCUGUUCUUAGUCAGUUCAUCAAUUUUUAACCGUUAACCAACUUGCAGCCCAAGCCAUUUUGCCAAGCAACAGGUCAGAGGUCAAACGCUAAUGUUCUCGAAACUUGCUGCGUCUUUCGAGCACCUUUAAGCGAAAUGUUCAACUUACAGUUCUCCUUGGAAUGAAAUAUCUUUCAUUCUGUUUGAAUAUUUGGAUAAUGUCAUAUUUUGUUUGAGUACAUUUUUCGGAAAACAGACGUUGCUAAGCAGAUGUGUCAUGCUACGCGGAACUUUUAUUAUUGCCAAUACUUAUAUAAACUUUUAAUUUAUUCAUGAAUGAGGUAAGGCUUGAAUAUAAGACAAAGGUCCAUUUGUUAAUGAUGGUAGAGUGUUACAAUGCAUCAUUGUAAUCAUUCGUUUUAUACUUUUAUUUGUUUGUGUGUAUUCCAUAGUUCAAUUAGUUCCAUAGAGUUUGGGAGAUGUUUUGGGCAAUUGAAUGUUUCCAAUAGAUUCCAUGUAUAAUAUCAACUCGUGUUUUAGAACUAAGCUGUCCAAAUUGGGAAUUUCUCCCAAUGGGAGACUUUGGGGGACAUUAGGGCACGUUAGCCGACUCACUAGGUAACGACCUACCAGGUAAAUACAUGAUUCUUGGAACAACAAAAAUAAUGUAGAUUUACCUGUGAAGUCUGCUGCCACCUAGCGUUCAAAAGUAUCCUAUUGGAACCUGCUGUUCUCAAUCUAGUUAUCAAUGUUUCCCAAUAGGGCUAUCCACCCCAUACUGUUGCAUCUGUUAACUGUCAAUGAAGUUAUUCAAAUGAACUAUAAAUUAGGAAUUUUUACCCUAAUAUGAACCUUUUGAAUCUCAAUAUCAUGGAAACCUUUAGAACUCAAUCUGGUUAUGAAAAUCCAAUCUGUCCCAAUUAGGGUUUUUGUACCCUGGUGGGAAUCCAAUGCGCUCUUUGUGUAUAAAUGAUUUUGCUCGAUUUUCGAAUGGCCUUCAUCUUAAGUUGGGAGUCAAACACACACAGGGUUCAAUUCUCAGUAGACAUGGUGCUUGUAUGCAUUGGUGGUAUCGAGUUAAAGUUCAAACAAUAAAUAUCAACAAGUUUAUUUGAUGAUCAUAUUUGAGAUGAAGUCCCGAUUGGAAAUCAAACUUUGACUUAGUAAAUGGGAUUGUGUAAGACGUUAUUCUGGUCGUCAACCACGUGUUCUAAAGACAUUAUUUAAAUAUGAACAUUGCGUGCAAAGCACACCCAACAUGUAAAUAUAUUUUUUCAAUCUUUCUGAUGUAGAUAUUUAUUUGCAUCUCAAUAAAGAAAGGAAUCCGACAAAGCACAAAC